AUGAAAAUUGCUAAAGAAAAGGUUGAUACAAUUUUAAAAUUAUUAAUAAUCGGAGACUCUACAGUGGGAAAAACAUGUAUUGCUUUAAGAUUUUGUGAUGAUAAAUUUUCAUUAUCACAUACAAAUACAGUUGGAAUCGAUUUUUAGUUAAAAUAUUUAGAAAUAUAAGGAAAAAAAAUAAAAUUAUAAAUAUGGGAUACUGCUGGAUAAGAAAAAUACCGGACCAUAACAUAAAACUAUUAUAAAGGUGCUCACGGAAUUUUAUUAGUUUAUUCAGUUCAAAAUAAAAACUCUUUUUUGAAUGUAGAAAAUUGGUUAUAUAAUAUAAAAGAGCAUAGCGAUAAUUAAAAUGUAUGUAUAUUUUUAGUUGGCAAUAAAUGUGAUUCUAAAGAAGAAGAAAGAUAGGUUACAAAAUAAGAUGGUGAAAUUUUAGCAAAAUAAUAUAAUUUACCUUUUUUAGAAACUAGUGCUUUGAAUAACAUCAAUAUAUAUGAGUCUUUUAUUUAAUUGAGUAAAAUGGGUAUUGAGUAAAUCGAACUUAAUUAAUAAAAUUAAGAAAGUAAGCCGUUAAGUAUUAUUAAUUUUAAUGUUUUAUAAGAGGGGUAUUAAAAAAAUACGAAUAAAAUUAAUUUACAAUCAAAAUAAUAAAAAUAAAAGAAAAAAUGUUGUAAUUGA